AUGCCGUGGAAGAAUCAUCUCAAAAAGUUCAAACAAGAGCUGAGUCAAAUCAUUGCCGAACCAAAGCCUGAUUCGGCAUCGGCACCGGCAUCACAGCCUCCUCCUGUGCCGCCUCAUCCGCCCAUCGAGCCGCCGUUUCGUGGACAAGUAUACUGGAAGCCGCAAUUCCAUCCCAAUGUUCCCAUCAAUCACGAGUGGGAGGCCAAGCUAGGCAACGGGCCGGAUGGUUGGGGGAACCAGGAGCUGGAGUUUUACACAGCAGACUCGCAAAAUUCUUUCCAUACGCCUGAAGGGAUGCUCGUCCUCCGAGCCAUUGCCAGGAAUUCUGCGCCUUCACCGGAACAGCGGUACACGUCAGCUCGCCUUGUCAGCAAACAGACCCUGGCCCGCGACAGAGGGGUUCUGACAGCCACGAUCCUCUCCCCCUGUGCUGAAGGCAUUUGGCCUGCCUUUUGGCUUCUACCUCGAGAGCCCUUUUCCUGGCCGACCGACGGUGAGAUUGACAUUGCAGAGACCUGGAACGGGGACCGAGAGAACCGGACGUGCCUCCACUGGGGGUUCCAUCAUGAGCCGCAAAAGCAUCGAGUCCUGGGCACCCGAAUUCCGGAUAUGCACUGUCGUCCUGUCCGGUAUGACUUUGCUUGGGACCAACCGAACGGCGUGCCAGGUCAGGGGAGAAUGGUCUGGUACAUUGAUGGAAGACCGGUGAUGAAGGCCGAGGUUCCCAGUGGCACGCGACCUCUUCGAGAUAUGACCAUCCUGCUGAACGUGGCCAUGGGAGGGAACGUCUGCGGCGGCAAGCAGCCUCACGAUGGAUACUAUGACAUGGUCGUCUAUAAUUUGGCAUUGCUGAGUGAGCUAGAAUAUGGAGGAUGGGGCAGGUUUGAGCAGGAUUGGCAACAUCCAUCAGUGUCCUUGGGCAAUACGUACUGA